UAAUAGGAAGAACCUUCUUACUGUGGACUAGCCAGUUUAGUCAUGGUUCUAAAUGCUUUAGGAUUAGAUCCUGGGCGUGUAUGGAAAGGACCAUGGCGUUGGUAUCAUGAAAGUAUGCUAACGUGUUGUUUACCGCAGGAUGUACUGACUAAAGGAAUUACACUAGAUGAUUUUGUCAAAAUUGCUCGUUGUUACGGUUUAGAUGCUUAUUCAUCACCAUCUGCUUUGCGUGAUCCAAAUUCUACUGGUUACAAAUUAAAAUCACUCAUAGAUCGAUGGGUGAAUUGGUUAAGGUGUGAUAUAGAAACGUGCACCGACCAGCUUCCAACACAAUUUUGGUAUGAAGCUUUAACAUUCCUAUUUGAUGAAAUCGAUCGAUUAAGGCCAACUAGUUUCUAUUUUGUGAUUCAUCCUUUUACAACCUUAUCAGAUAAUCAAUUAAACACUAGUAGUCAGUUUUUAAACUUUUCUACGCAUGAUAUAUUACGUGAUCUUGUUGGAUCAUCAUUAGGUCAUAUUGUAACUGAUUUCAUGUUAAAAAUGAACAAAGACUAUUUGACAUGGUUAACUUCUGAUGGUGGUACUUUUCGUUUGUCUAUUUCAACGUUAAAUUCAUGGACUAAACCCAUGGAUGAUUGUCCUUUUACAGUCUUAUCUGAUCCUGGACUAAGAUUUUAUUUAUUGACAACUAGUUUUCUAUUAGCUUUUCCUUAUGAUAAUUUUUCUUCGAAUCAUUCACUAUUCGAUAAUAAUUCAGUCCCAUCAUCUUUAUCUUCAUCCAAUUGUGUAUCACGCCUUCAGUUAAUGAGAAAAUUAAUCGAAGAUAUUAAACUAUUACCUACAACUCUUACUGAAUUACAUUCUCUACGAAGUACAUUACAAUCUUUAAUGAAUACAAACAGAAAUCUUUGGUGUACAACUUGUAAAGAUCAGAAAUGAUAAGUAUGGUUUAAUCGGUUGUUUAUUAAAUAAUACACUUGGUAUUAUAACUUUUUUUAAAUCUAGAUAUAUUUUCUUUUCUUUUGUAACCAAGAUUUCUGAUAAAUCUAAUGUUUAUUUCCAUAUUGGUUACAUUGGUGCAUUCAUCAGUUCGUUGUUAUCAAUUAGGCAAUUUUUUUCUGUUUCUUACUCCAUUUCUUUCGUAAUAUAUAU